GAUUAAGCCUUAUAAGCGAACCAGGAACUUAGAUAUUUCAUUGAUCAGUUUUCUUUCCUGGUUUUUCCUUUUUUUUUCUUCAAAAAUUGAUCUGCACGCUGCAACCGCUGCAACUUGCAAGCAGCUAUUAAUUAACUGGCAACGUUUAAAAUUUUUUUUAAUGGCGACCGUUCUUGACUGGACUGGAGUCUGGAGUUGAGGAGUUCUGUGGUUGUUCUGUCGUGGACAGACACAUAAGAUAACGUGAGAACUUUACAGACAGGAAUAAAAGAAGUUACAUCACAAGACUUCGACGAGAAGGAUUGAAAUAGUUUUUUCGUUUUGGGUUCUUCAAAUUCCCCUUGAUCUGCUAGAAAACCACUUCUUGACGAAGUACAAUAUUCUCGAUGUGAUCACUACAUACUGAUUGGAACUAUCAAUGUAAAGGCGAAUUCAUACAUCCAGAAAAUGUCCAUGAACCAAAUCAAGAAAGAAGUUCAGGAUGGUGAAGAUGAGAUGGAGGUGUCUUUUCCAAAAAUGAAAAAGGCUUAUGCUGACUUUCUAAUUGACCGGCCUUUCAACCCUAUUAGUCAAACCAUGCAGGAGAAUAAUGAAGACACCUUAACCUUAAUGAACUGUUUGCGUUAUCGUCUCCGCUUAACAUUGGAUUCGAUGAAACCUCACAAACAGAAUGGCGGAAUGGAUACCAAUUUCAGUGACUUAGAAGCUCUCCUAUCUUGUGAUCAGCUUUCUGUGGAGAGUUCUUCUAAAAAGAGCUUGUACGAUACUUUGCUGAAGCUUAUCGACGAAUUUGACGCAGCUGGCGCUGCUGAGAUUUUUCGUCUGUUGCUGGAGAGGAGAACUGCCAUACCUUUGUUCGUGCCCGACUCUAGGAAACAUCAUUUGGAAGUGCUGAGACACAUCACCUUGCCCUGGAUUGAAAACAUCCGUUUAGGUGAAGACUUGUCCUUGAUGCGCGUCGCUGUGAUUUCUUGUCGACCGAAGAACGAGAGUCAAACGUGCAACAUAAUGAAGAAUCUCUUCAACAUCGAAAGCAUUCAUCGUCACGAUUUAUCUACCAGCACGGUGUCCUCAAAUAGCGUGUUGGCGGAAAUCGGUUGCGGCUGCAUGUUGAUGGAAGGAUCUAGCUCUGAAGUUCAUCACGUCUUGGUUACGCACAUCAUUGGUGAUUUCAAACCGUUGUGGCCAUUUAUUCAAGAAUUCGCCGACUUCUUGAUCGUUGAAGCUUCUACCGAAGACAAUGGAAAUUCAUCUCCUUCCAUUCGAGCAGUACAAGACAUUCAGGAAACAUAUGCCAAAAACUUUUAUCUUAAGUUGGAUGCAUUCACAUGCAUUUGGAAACCGUCACUCCGAGAGACGACGCGCCCUCAAAUAAAGGAAGUAAACGGAUUUCAUCGACUCUUUAUAGACGGCCAACUUUCCGACAAAGUUCUCAACAUAUUGCGAUCGAGUGUUAAAAUUACCAUCAAUAAACUAACAGGACAAUGUAACGCAGCCAAAGAACGACUGAUGUUGUGCCAAAUUCCCAUUUUGUUUCGAGAAGAAUACGGCGCUUUGGAAUGCGUGUCCCCGACAGAAAUUAAAUCAAGCAUUACCAAAUCCGUCCAGGACUUGGGGAAAGUGAAGAAAACUGAAUUUCUCUUACAGAAAAAUUACCGGCAACAAGCCAAGCAUGAAGAGGCCAAAUCGGAGCACUGCUUGAACGAAGAAAAGUUACGCGAAGAAGACGACAAGAUCAAAAGUUGUCGUGAAUUGCGCCGAGCUGACGCCUGUCUCGUGCAAAACCACCCGUUGUUAUGAUUCACAUGGAAUGGGUGACGGAAGUUUUACACGAACUUGGGAAGUUGAUCGGAAAAUUGAAACGAGAGCGCAUUUUCGUACUGUCCGUCAUGGGUAUUCAGAGCAGCGGCAAAUCGACAUUGUUAAACACCAUGUUCGGCAUCCAAAUGCGAACCAGCGUUGGAAUGUGCACCCGUGGCGUCAACAUGCAAUUACUGGCCGUCGAGGGUCGUCCUGAAUACGAUUAUAUUUUGUUGCUGGAUACGGAAGGUACUCGAGCGCCUGAAUAUCACGGCCUGCCCGGAAGAGAAAAGCGCGACAAUCAGAUGGCAACUUUGAGUAUUUUAUUGUCGGACGCGACCAUAAUCGUCACUCAGGGGGAGAACGACGACGCCAUCAAAGAAAUUCUGCCAAUUGUUAUGAUGGCCUAUCAAGGAUCAAAGCUGGCCGAGGACAACGGAGGCCGACUCAGCUCUAGAAUGUUUUUUGUUUACAACAGGAUCGAAACUAGGCAGAAACACAAGUUGUACGGUAUCAUCCAAACACUUGGAACUUCACUGAACGAUGCAUUCCACCAAGUUCGGAAAUUAACUGGCGAUCUGUCGCACCUAAAAUCUCAGAGUCCAUUUGGUAAUUUCAAGCUCGACACGUCAAACUCAACUGAUAGCGACGUCUGCAUCCUGAGCAACGUCAAGAAGGAAUCCAAACCUCCUGGCGACGUGCCAGAUGAAGCUUACGGCGAAGGGCUCAUCCAGUUUCGGGAGCAUAUCCAUCGACGAGUGAUUCAUAACGAGGACGGAUCAACUUGGAAAAGCAGAUCCAUCGACGAGUUUUCCAGGUACAUCAAAGAUGUCUGGAGGUGCAUUUGUUCGGCAAAUUUCACCUUCAAUUUUGCCACAGUGACAGAACGCAUCACUUUUGACAUCUUGGAUGUUGCCUACAAGAAGGUUGAACAAAAACUAGCUGAAGUUUACCUUAAAUCCUUCACAAGCAUCAAGAAGAAAAUGAUAGAAGAAAAGGGCAAAACGAUGGGAAAUGGCGGCUUUGGCAACACUGAUCUCUUUCCUAUGUUCGUAGACAAGCUGCGCGAGGAAAUCCUGCCGACUGAACAGAUUUUAGACAAGAGGUGAAAGAUAUCGUGGAGGAAAAAGGUCGCGAAAAAUGGAGUCUGCAGUUUCAAGAAUUAUGGAGAAUGAACAAAAUAGAACAAUCCAGAAACUGGACGUGCAACUUGAAAAGCAGCUACGUUACCUUGUUUAGCUACGAGCAUCACGUGGAAAAUUACAAAAAGAAAAUUCGCCAAGAAAUCAACGAAUUGUUCAAAACGGCAAGUUCAAACGCUUCUCAGUGGACCGACUUGAAGAAGAAUGAAAAGUUUGAAAAGAUUUUCAACGACGUUGUGGACGAGGCUCAGCAGCAGUUCCCUCCAAAAGAUAUUGGAGCUAAAAUCAAAAAAGUCUAUCAAAACAGCAACGUGAUCCGGACAAGAAAAAUUGAAAUAAUGAACAUCGAAAAAGAAAACUUGGGGAUGGCUAAAGAGCAUCCGACAUCGUCCGUUGUCUCAAAUCCGUCCGUGUUGGCAAGUGUGUGGAAUAAAUGUUCGAAGCUGUACUCGAAAGUGAUUGGAAAAGUGACAAACAAAAAUGCCAUCGAUUUGUGUCUCGAAGAUGUUUUCACCACCGUCAACCGGAUCGCUGCUGGCAAGCAAUGCUAUGACGAUACCAUCGUUUCUAGUGUUAUCUGUGAUGUGGAUGAAACCAUUACAUCGUACAAUAUCGCCGACAACUCGGAGGUUCAAAUGAUGCACAGCUACGGUCUUAGGCUGAUUGUCGAUCUGAUGGAAAGCAUUGAAGCAGAGUGGGAGGCUGAAAACUCGGUCUACGCCAAACUCAAGUCCAAUAAAGAUAGCCUGCAUGAGUACUUUGUUAUGGUUUCGCACGGCGUAGAAAAGACGAAGUUGUUCGCCGCCAACAUGACAAACACGUUAAUCCAUAACGUUUAUCUGGCUUUCGAAAAGGAAAUGAUUCAAAGCACGUUGAAAAGAAUUCGUAACGAGCGGUGGCUGUACGACGCCAGAUUCAUGUCCAAAUAUAUGGAUCUCUAUUUAAUCGAACUGCUGGAGGAGGAUAAAAUUUCCAAAGCGCUUGACUACAUCAGGAAACCUAAAGUUUUUUACGAAGACGUGCUUUACCGACUCAUUGCUGAAAAAAUUUCUAACGCCCAAGAAGAAUGGCGAGGUUUCAUCGGCCAUUUAACACAAGCUAUCAGUAAUGCGGCUUUAGCUACGUUGUCAAUUGACCGAGGAAAGGCCCAGAAAUUUAUCGAACAACUCCGAAUCGAAUUUUUGAAAGGCUACCUGCAGAGUGAAUACCUGGCUUCCAAAUUUCUGAUUGAUUACAGUGGUGAGUACGACGACUGUGACAACGAAGAGAAGGAAGAAUUUCAGAAAACUUGCUCGAGCAAAAUGAUUCAAAUGCUUCGAGAUCUUAAACCUCCGAAAAACCAAAAGGAAUUCGCCAAAGAACUCAGCCCAAAAGUAGUUUUACUCAUGAGGACUUCCAACGAUCCUGCAGCUCUUCCACGUUGCGAUGCUUAUUGCCGGAUGUGUAAGAGUUUGUGUAUCCAGUCGGCCAAUCAUGAUACCGAAUUAAGACCUCAUGACGCGAUCCAUCAACCUGGAGGUAUUUCUGGAUAUUGUCGUCGCUACACACUUGAAUUAAUAUCUGAUACGUGCAAUCAAUCAUACGAAAAAGAUUGUGGAUUUUAUCUCGACGGGAAUUAUGAUGUCUCUUACAAAUUCAAAGAAUUUUCCAAAGUUUUUCCUGGGUGGAGGAAUCCUCGGAUCGCCGAAGAAAUGCCCUUGAGGGAAUACAUUUUUGCAAUGUACAAUAAAGAAAUAGCUAAGAUGUACAACGUUUAUCCUUGCACUAAAAUUCCGGAAAAAUACUUUCGAGAUUUGUUCACCAUCAAGAAGCAACUCAAAAGGGAUAUUGGACUUUAGAAUUGCUGUUGGAACGUUGCCCAUCAUCAUCAAGGAUAUUGUGUUUACAGUUUUCCCAUUAAUAAUGUUUUAAAUGUGAAUUUUUGUUAUUGUAGGGAUUGAAGAAAAUCAAUACAAAGUUUCAGCACUUCA